UUAUUAUCUUUACAUAUUUUUAUGGUAAAAAAAAUAAUAAUAGUUUUUAGGGAUUGUUAUUUUUUUUAUUUAAAAAAAUAGAAAUAUAAAUAAUAGUAAUAAUAAAAAUAUAUAAUAAUAAUAAAAAGAAAUAAAAAAAUAAUAAUAGGAAAUAGCAAAAAUAAAAAAUGUCAUAUUUCAAUGAUUCUGUACUAUCAAAAUCAAAAUAUCAUAUAGGUAGUUUUCUUCAACAAAAUAAUGGUGAAUUACACGAAGAUCGUGGUCAUUUUUACUCUCCAACUACACCUACUAUAGGGGGACUAUCAUUAAACAAAUCAAACCAAAAUCAUCAUGGAUCACAUUCACAUUCAAACUCACACUCCCAUUCACAUCAUCCACAUCAUCACCAUACAAACAGCAAUUCAUUAGCAGUAGGAAAACAUAUACAUCAUGGGCAUUCAAACAGUAAUAGUCACGAAUUAAGUAUUAACACUACCCUCAGUAGCAGUGUAAAUUCAAAUAGCAGUGGUUUACAAUCAUCAAGUUUUCAAGGAACACCACACAUACCACAUAGUGAAUUAGCAGAAUUAACCUACAAUGUUUCAAAUAGAAAGAAUAGAUCCGAUUCGGUUCAAAGCAAAAUGAAACCAAAUGAAAAAGUUAGUAAUAUUGGUACUUGGGCAAAAUAUGAAAAUCAACAUUCAAUCUUUAAAAGCGAAAAAAAGAAGAAGAAUAUUUUUGAAAAGUAUACUUUAAGAUUACCAAGACAGUAUGAAAAAGGUUAUUUAAACCAACAUUACAAAUCUCACAAAUAUUUAUUAAGAAUUACAAAUUUUAUAGGUAUUGCAGCAGUUUCAUAUGGGUUUACAAAAAAAGCAAUUUUUAUGUUAAUAGCAAUUAGAAUUUUAUGUUUCAAUUUAUUUGCAUUUUCAAUAUUUUUAAGUUAUUUGAACAAAAAAGAUUUAUAUAAGAAGUUAUUCCAUCCAUUAUUUUUAUUUUCAUUUACAACAUUCUUUAUCACCCUUCUCUUAGAAUAUAAAACAUCAACAACGACAACUUUAAUUUUAUUUUUAUACGUUGUAAUAUUUUCAUGCCUGUAUGCGUUGGGUUGCCUUGUAUUUAUAUGGAUGGUUAUGUGCAAUUUAAUGAAUGCUGUAUGCUUUCUUAUUUUUAUAUUUUUAGAAUCGAAUAUGGAUAGAAAUAAUUUAAUUUCAUUUGUAAUUUAUAUUUUAUUAAUGUUUUUACUUGGAGCAAGUCAUUUGUAUGUAUUAGAAAAGUUUAGAAAAGAGAGUUAUAUUGCCAAAAUGAAUUUAGAAAUUGAAUCAAAAAAACUUAGAGAACAAAGGGAAAAAUCAUCAACAUUAUUAAGCAAUAUUUUACCAGAAUUUAUUAUAAAAAACCUUAAAUGGGAUCACGGAAACCAAAAAGUUAUUAUGCCAGAACCAGAAGAAUUUAUGGAUUGUUCAAUUUUAUGUUUUGAUAUUGUGCAAUUUACAGUUCUUAGCGCACAAUUAAAAGAACCAAAAUCGUUAGUUUUCUUAUUAACCGAAGUAUUUAGAGAAUUUGAUAGAGUAGUCAUGGAAAAUAAUUGUCAAAAAAUUAAAACCGAUGGUGAUGCUUAUAUUUGUGCAAGUGGAUUAAAAUCAAAAAGUGAACCAGAUGGUGCAGGCUCAAUUUCAAAAUAUGAACAUUGUGAAAAUCUAUUGAAAGCAGCCAUUGAAAUUAUGAAGCUACCAGUUUUAAGGAAUAAUAGCCAAAAUGUUGAUAUUAAAUUUAGAUGUGGUCUUGCAAUGGGUAGCGCUUAUGGUGGUGUUAUGGGUGACACUAAAUAUCAAUUCGAUAUCUGGGGAGAUUGUAUAGCUCGUGCACAUUCACUGGAACAAAGUGGCCAUUCAUUAAGGGUUCAAGUUGGUGAAGAAAUUGCAGAAUUAAUUCGUGAUAGAGGCCAUGGUGGCUUUGGUAAAUAUAAAAUUGUAGAAAACACCGAUUGCGAGAUGUAUCAUAAUGAUGAACAUCACAAAGCUCAUGGUAUAUGCUUAAAGGGUUUCUUUGUUGAAGAACAAUUAACAACUAGUAAUACCAUGACCCAAAUUUCCACAGAUGGUGCUCAAAGUGGCGAAUUUAGUAAUGAUCCAAUUUCUUUAAGUCAAAGUAUUGAUGGUAAUAUUCACAGUGCAUUACAACAUAAAAAAUCUCAAAUUCUUUUAAAUGCCAAAGCUUUAAGUGAUAUCUCAUCAUCCCCAUCUAGCGAUAGCCGUCUACUUCAAGAAAACACCCCUCCAUCUUCAAAUAAAGAUCAAACUUUUGAAACUACCGAUUCAAAUUCAUCAGCAAAUAACACACCUAAAACUAUUGUACCAUCAUUCUCAAAAGCAAAUAUCUCUAACUCCCAAUCAAACUAUUCGAUUAGCAAUGUCAAAAAAGAAAAAACUUCAACUGCAAUUCAAAUGAAAGAUAUGUUCAAAAAGAGGGUUAUGAAAUACUUUAAACAUACCAACCCAGAUAAAAAUAAGUUAGAAAGAGAAGAGGAAGAAUUUGAGCAACAAUUUAAAGAAAUUACUCAUAUAAACAAAUGGAUCAUCUCCUUUAAUAAUCCAAAGAUUGAAUUCUAUUUCCACAAAUAUGUCAUUUCCAACAAUGUAAUCGAAACUAGAUUCUUUUUAAUUAUUGGUUUACUAUUGCAUUUAUUAUUUUAUCUCGACGAUCAAAUUAUGGACUCAAUUCCAUAUUAUAAUAGUAAUGCAAUUUAUUUAACCAUGGGAAUAGCCUUUAUUGUCUUCAUUGCCUUCUCUUUUACCAAAAUCAUUAGAAUCCCAUUGGUAUAUCAGAUUAGCUUUUUUAUAUUAUUAAGUUCAUUUGGUGUAUGUACAGUUUUGGAGCUAAUCAGAUGGGAAAAUCCACUAGCUCGUUCAUCAUUAACAAGAGUUUGUGCAACAUUAUUCUAUUUAAAUGUUUUUCAUUCAUUGAAUUUUUUGUCUGUUUUAUUUUUAAAUCUUUUCAUUUUCACUUUCUUUAUUAUCAGUUGCUACUAUAUAUCACCAAAUUUAACAGGUCAUUUAUAUGAAACUGACUAUAUAGGUUUUGUUGUGGUUUUAAUAAUUCAAAUAUGUUCUUCAUAUGGAAUGAAACUUGCAAUGAGAAGAGCAUGGGUUAUUAAUAGCAAAACCAAUUUCAAAAAAAUUAAUUUAAAAAAAGAAAAAGACAGAAUCUUCUAUUAUUUACAAAGUAUUUUCCCAAAUACAGUUUUAGAAAAAAUUAUGCAUGACGAAGAAAAAGAAGGUGAAGAAGAUAAAAAGAUUGUAGGUUUAAUGUAUCACGAAUAUCAUCAAAGGGUAUCAAUUAUGUUUGUUCAAAUCUGCAGCUUCAAAGAAAAUGAUGAACCAAAGGAAAUGAUUAAACGUUUAGAUGCAAUCUUCAAAUUCUUUGAUGGUUACCUUGAAAGAUAUAAAGGCACAGUGGAAAAAAUUAAAACCAUUGGUAACACCUAUAUGUGUGUCUCUGGUUUAAACAAAGACCCUGAUUUUUUACAGAAAAUGGCAAACUUUGCAAUUGAUUUAAAGAGCUUCAUCAAAAGUAAUAAAGAUGUUAUUAAAUUAGGCAUUAGUGUUGGUCCUUUAGUUUCCGGCUGUAUGGGUCUCAAUAGAGCUAAGUUUGAUGUUUGGGGUGAUACCGCUAAUGUUGCCUCUAGAAUGCAAUCCAAUGCUCCAAACAACGAAAUUUUAAUAACCGAAGAGGUAUAUGAAACAUUAAAUAAAGAAUUCUUUUUUGGUCCAAGAAAUGUAAUUCAAGUUAAAGGUAAAGGUGAAAUGGCCACCUAUGUUCUCAAAGGUAUAAAGAAUCAAACCUGGGAUCAAGGUGCCACACAAAUGAUUUGGGACCAAAAUUCAAUUGUAACUCCAAUGUUUUCACCAAUUCAAAGUGCUUUAAUGAAUAAUAGACCUAGUAUAAGUUUAGAUGAUAGUGGCUCUUUAGAAUUAACUCAAUAAAUAAUAAUCAAGAAAGAAAUAAUCAUCAAAAUAAUAAUAAUAUUCAAUAAUCAUAUAAUAAUAGAAUACUUUUUAUAAUUAAUUUUUUUAGAUAUUUAAAAAUAUGGAAAUUAAUUUAAUCCUUACUAAUAAUUUAUAUAAAAAAAUAAUUAUAUUAAAACUAUAAAUAAAAAAAAAAAAUAUAAAUUUGUAAUAGUAAUAAAACAUUAAAUAAAAAAUUGUAAAUUAAUUAUAACUUUU